UAAAUAAUUAAGUACAAUAUAAUAAAACUACGAGUGGAAAAAUAUAUUAACAAUUUUUUUUUACUAUUUCAUCAUUUAGGUAUUUUAUUGAGGAAUAAUCAUCCAUUAAUUAUUCUCUCUGAUGUUUGUUAUAAAUAUAUUAUUAAAUUGUUUAAACACGUCAAAUAUAUACAAUAAAAUAACAAAAAAAGAUAUACAUUAUUGACCUAAUUUUAUCAAGUGUUAUCAACAAGAUAAAGUUAAAAAAGUAAAGUAUUAUUAGCCAAGUAAUCAAGUAUUAAUCUACAAAAAUCAAGUGAAAAUUCCAAGUUGAAUUAACAAAAAAUAUCAAAUAAAUAUUAACAACAAUAUAAAAAAAAUUAAAAAACAAAAAGCUGGAAAAUUUUUCUGGUUUUAUCAAAAGGUAGCUUUACAUUAAUCCAACCUAAUCAAAAAAAAAAAAAAGAAAAACAAUUGUGAAAAUCAAAUAUAAGGCAAAAUGGCAUACAAACAAUUUCUACCAUAUUUUGCAUCUGGAAAAAUAAACAAAGGAUUUGGAAGAGGUUCAGCUGCACUUGGUAUUCCAACAGCAAAUUACCCUGAAGAUGUUGUAUCAACAUUACCAGCUGAAUUUGAUAAUGGAAUAUAUUACGGAUGGGCUGGACUUGAAGGAAGUGUUUACAAAAUGGUACUUAGCAUUGGUUGGAAUCCAUUUUUUAAAAAUAUUAAAAAAUCCAUGGAAGUACAUAUUUUACAUAAAUUUUCCGGUGAUUUAUAUGGAAAACAAUUGAAUAUCAUAAUAACUGGAUUUAUAAGACUUGAAAAAGAUUUUUCAUCAUUAGAUGAUUUAAUUGCUGAAAUUAAAAAUGACAUUAAAAUUGCUGAUGAUAAAUUAAAUGAUGAACAAAUGUUAAAAUAUAAAAAUAAUGAUUUUUUA